CUUGUACAGUUUUCAACGAGAGCAAAUCUCCCAGUGUGCAUUGCGCUAGAAAAAACAAAAAUGGCGUUUCAGGAAAGUGGUCGAGGACGUAAGGGAAAUUGUCACCUGUGAAGCGAUGAAUUGAGAAGCACGAAAACCCGCAUUUUCACAACUGACAACCGGCCCCUUCGAUUUAAAAGGAUUAUAUCUACUUUCAAACACAGAAACUAAACAAAAUGCCUUCUCCUAAAGCCAAAAACAGCGCCAAUCGCAGCGGAGGUGGGAGCCCAGGUCUCAGUGGCAGCACCAACGGCAACGGACGCUACGAGUUCAUGUCGCUGAACCGAACCCCUCCACCCACGCUCCUCCAGCGGCAGGGCUCCGACCCAACCGCUGCAGCCAGAUUGCGGGCCUCAGAGAGCCCUACCCGGCGAAGAGGCUCCGGGUCCUCCACCUCUUCCAACACAGGCAUGCCCGAAGAGGACUGUAUGCGGCUCAACCCUUCCUUUAUCGGGAUAGCCCUUAGCUCCCUCCUCGCCAUAGACCUGUGGCUCUCCAAGCGGCUGGGGGUGUGUGCCUGUGAAGAUUCCUCCUGGGGCAGCAUUCGACCAUUGAUGAAACUGAUAGAGAUUUCUGGACAUGGAAUACCAUGGCUGGUCUGGACAGCCUACUGCCUGUACAAGGCUGACAGUGCCGCAGGACAGGAAAUUAUGCUCAAUCUCUUCAUGGCUCUCAUUCUAGACCUGAUCCUGGUCGGCAUCGUGAAAGCGGUCGUCCGUCGGCGCCGCCCGUCCCACAACCGCAUGGACAUGUUCGCCACCUUCUCCGUGGACCGCUACUCCUUCCCCUCGGGGCACGCCACCCGCGCCGCCAUGUGUGCCCGUUUCCUGCUGGCCCACUUGGUGCUGGCCGCCCCUCUGCGGGUGCUGGUGUUCCUGUGGUCUGUUCUGGUGGGGCUGAGCCGGGUGCUGCUGGGGAGACACAACGUGACCGAUGUGCUGUUUGGCUUUCUGAUGGGCUACUGCCAGUACAACCUGGUGGAGAUGCUCUGGGUAUCAUCGCUGGGCCUGCAGGGGCUGCUGGGGCUCAUCCAGGGGUGAGGGAGAAGGGUUAAGGAGGGGUUGGAAGGGUGUGGUAGGUGGGAGACAGUGGCCCUGGCCCAAUAUGUUUGAAACAUUGACUGAUCCUGCCCCAUACUGACACUGGUCACUCAUCAUUGCCUGUUCAAGACAAACAACUACAACAAAGCCUGCCACCAACCAUCCAUCCAUAUGUAAUUGCAAUCAGAAGUACCUAGGAGCAGGGUGCUCCUCCAUACUGCGAUAAAAGAGAGCGGGAGCGAGAGAAAGUGUGUGUCUGUUUGCGUGUCUGAGUGCUGUGUUCUCAAAGGGGAGAAUGAAUGCUAUAGGUUAAAACUUAUGAAUUGAUGAUGGUGUCUGUGAGGACUUAUUUUAGAUUUGUAAGGUAUAGAGCCUCACAGUUGAGGUGUCAUAAUACCCAUAGAACCUAGCGGUCAAACAUGGAAAUGGUUCCAAUCGU